AUGCCCGUCACCGCCGAUCAGGAGCGCGAGCUGCUCAACAAGUACAAGCUCACCACCCUCUACCCAACCGAGUGGCCGCACGAGGAUGGGUCGUCAGACGAUGAAGAAGAGCUGGAGCAACAGAUCGCAGCUGGAGUUGGUCAUGCUCGGAACAGGAGCAACACUUCCUCGCGUCUUCAGAAGAUCGAUCGUCACGUUAGUCUGAAGAGCAGCACAUCUUCUGGAAAGCAUGCGCCAAAAGAUGCCGGCGUGCAGAAGGACGAAGCCGAUGCCCUCGGCAUGGCCCCUUCAGUGGCAGCGGAGCUCAAGAGGAGAGGACUGCCCAUUGAGGACAACUUGGCUCUCCGUAACAAGUUCAUGCUGUCCUCGACCAGCUUCAGUCCGGCUAUGUACUUGUCUCAGGUCCACCAGAAUGCCACCACCGAGGAUCUACUCAGAGGCUUGGACUUCCUCAGCAGGAGCAUCGAGCAGAAGUCUGCAAGCCUCAAGGUACUGGUCGAAGGCAACUUUGACCGUUUCGUCAAGGCCAAAGCUACUAUCGAUACCGUCUACCACGAAAUGCGCAAUAGGGGAGCGGAGUCCUCGAGGAUGUCGCAGGUCCCUCAAUCUGCCGCUUCCAGCUUACGACCCCACUCUCGCCAGACGAGUAAGAACCAGAGUCACUUCCGCAACACGAGUGGACCAUGGGGAUCUCAGUCAAAGGCCGGCUUUCAGACGGAGCGUAGCAGAAAUGCACUUACGAAGGAGUCCGAGUACGGCGUGCAAGGGAUCAGAAUUCCACUUCAAGAAGUCGCUAUCAAGGCUGAAGAAGUCUGGGGUCCAGCGUUGGGCGGUCAUGAGAAAGAGGAAGCUCUGAAAGCUGUGCAGAAUGCGUUGGACCAGUAUCGUGAGAUGUUCACCUUGCCUGGUACUGUCUUUGAAGCCAUCAAGAAGAGCGAUUACGACGGUGUCGUGGAUGCGUACAAGAAAGCCAAGUCUCACGCAGACAAAGCGCGCAAGAUCGCUGCCAUUGCUAAAGAGAACAACGUGGAACUUGGAGAUGCGGACGUCCAGCAGAUCAUCGUGACUGCGAGGAUGUGGCACGAUGUGAAUUCACAGGUCGAGACGUUCAAGCAAGAAGUGUGGCGGCGACUGAGAAACUCGCAUGGUCGGAAGCCUGCUGCUGUUGCUGACGAGACUGACAAGGAGCUGCACAUGGAGCUCUUGGCCACCCUACUCCAACUUGGUGUAGACGAGAAUCCAAUCUGGAUCUGGAUUAACAGUCAUUACCUUUACCUCAGAGAAAAGAUCGCACGCACCUUUGAGAGGAGCAGGAUCGAGAUUGAAAUUAACCGUCGACGUCUGGCAUCCAACAAUCGUGUCGACAGCAAGGCAUUCUCCAAGCACCUUCGCUCUGCAUUCACUGCUGCCGGUACGAUUCGACUUGGUGGUGACUCCGGACGGGACCUCGACUCUGCGCCCAUUCUGGCUUUCUGGGACAAAGUCCAGAGUUGUCUAUCCACUCUACUCUCUCCAAAGAAUGGCAUUCUGGCGGAUGUUGUGGAGUGGUAUACCACCGCUCAAGACUUUGUGGAGAACAGAGCUCAAAAGGCCUUUCCGACCGGCGUCUUCGCUUCAGGCUUCACCCACCUCUCUCUCGACCCGGAGCAUGUUGAUGGAAUUCGCAAGGCUACCAUGGAUCUCGUUACCAUUCUUCGUGAGAGCAUCGCCUCUUUCUUUCAAGACACACCAGUCGAAGAUAUUAGUGAUCUUUACUCACCAAUUCCACCCACCCCGAUAACACCAGAUUCGAAGACGCCACUAACACCAGGAGCGAGUAGGAGAGCUUUCACUUUCGAUCUAAGCAAUGUCCCCCCACCGAGCCCACGCAGAGGCGAUUCCUGGGAGAAGUUCGCGUUCUGGCCGCCAAACUCCAAUUCUCUGUCAGGUGCACAUUACCUCGCUCGGCUGAUAGCACUGGUUGGCAGUGGUAUGGGCGAUUUGGCAAGUCUUUCGGUUGUGAAGCAGUCGCAGGAGCCCGAGAAGCUGAAGAACGUCAUCACCAAUGUCCGCGAACGCUUGAUCACGGCUAUCUGCUCCAGCUGGAGUGCAGACUCGGAGAAGUGUAAACUUUUAGAGUCCUGGACUCGCAGUCCCGAUCGCAGAGAUUUGACUCUCAUGCCUGCCUUCUUUGAGGCAUGGGAAGAGAAAGUCAUGACCAAUGUGCAGAAGAUUGCGUACAUCACUGAUGCAGCGACUGGAAAGAGCGGAGCCGGUGCUGUCGAGAUCAUCGUUCCGCCUUCUGCUAAACUCUUGCAAGUGGUUAGAGGCUGCUUCACCACCAGUCUGUAUAAGAGCUUGAACGGCAUGGUGGAGAAUGCAGAGAACCCUAAGGGAGACUCCAACGCCGUGGCAGAGGAAAUCGACCCAGACGGUGUGACCAUUGCCAAGAAGCGCGAGUUGGAUGGCGAGGAUUCGUACGGGACCGAGCCUGUGGAUGCGUCUAGCAGGAACACUCGAAUGUUACUCACGCUGUCCAAUCUCAACCACCUCCGCAGCGAGGUCAUCCCGCAACUCAUCUCACAUUUCGAGGCAGCGUUCAGCGUCAAGCUCACUGAGGAGAGCAAGACUAUCAGAGAUGUCCUCUCUCAGAUCGACGCACGCCUCUUUCAGUCAUACGUCAAGCCUACAGUCGAAACACUCGAUGCUAUCAUCACCAAGGGCAUCACAGCUAACGACUGGGAGCCUUCGACGCCUCGUCCAACGGAUGCAAGACCCUACGUUUAUGAUGUGCUUCUCCAGCUCGUCAUGGUUCACGCCGAAGUUACAAACACUACUGCGAGCACGCUCACGGGGCAGAUUCUGUCUUUCCAUCUUGAACAAUGCUCAAUGGCGCUCAUCGAAGCGUUCAAGAAGCGUCAACACUACUCUCUGCCCGCUUUGAUGCAGGCAACCUUGGACGUGGAAUUUAUGGCGCAGACUUUGAACAACUACACCACAGACCGCGCGAGCGAAGUUCAGAGUCAGAUUUACCUGGCUCUUGACGAGCGAACUGACAACGAUGCUCGCGCUAAAUUGCAGGGUGAAUUACCCGCUAUGCGAGGUAUCUUGAAGAAGCUGCGUGAGGGGACUAAGGGCCAGUUUGGGUCUUUCAGACGAGAAAGGAGAGGAAGGAGAGAUGGUGGGAGUGGACAGAAGGGUUAG